AUGAGAGCCUCACAACUUUUCCUGCUGCCCGGCCUGGUGGGAUCCUCAUGCGCAAAUGAAACUGCUCACAAGUACUCGAGCGAUGCGUGUUCCGCUCUCGCUAAAGCGUUCCCAAAUAAUGUGGCAUAUCCCAAAACAAUAUCCUACAUCCAAGCCAAUAGCUACUGGUCUGAACGCCAAGCCGAGGUGCACCCCCGAUGCUUCGUGAUUCCCAAGACCACAGAGGAUGUGUCAACCAUCAUGAAGAUACUUACCUCGCUGGACGCACCUUUCUCUGUUAAGAGUGGCGGCCAUACUGCUUUCGCUGGUGGUUCCAAUGUCGCCAACGGCGUCACUAUCGAUCUGAAGAACCUCAACAACAUCACUGUCUCAACCGACCGCAAGACUGUUUCCGUCGGUCCUGGAAACAAGUGGAUCAACGUCUCCGAGGUCCUUGAUCCAAUGAAGCUGGCCGUUGUUGCUGGUCGUGUCGCAGACGUUGGGGUGAGUGGCUUGAUUCUGGGCGGCGGAAUCUCGUACUUCUCUGGCCAGAAGGGAUGGGCGUGUGACAACGUGCGCAACUUCGAGGUUGUGGUUGCCUCCGGCGAUAUCGUCAAUGCAUCACCCAAGAUCAACGUAGAUUUGUACUGGGCGCUUCGUGGUGGUGGCGGCUCCAACCUGGGCAUCGUGACCCGUUUCGACUUGGCCUCGUUCGAACAGGGCGACUUGUGGACCAACUCGCUCAUCUUCCCGGGUGCGAUGAACAGCACUCUGAUCCCCAUGUUCCAGAACUUGACCGUCAAGGGUCUUCCAACAGACCCCGCAGCUCACACCUACUUUGUCUUGACACACGAGCCUACUCUUGGAGGAUAUAUCGCACUCACGAGCUUUUACCAUGCCACUAUUCCCUCGCCAGCAAAGAGCAUGCCCCCAGUUUUCGAACCAUUCCAGUCUGUCCCUGGGGCAGUUGUGAAUACCACGCUAGUCGCAAACAUCUCGACGCAGUCCAGACUAAUAGAUGUUCCUUACGGUUCGAGACAAACAUGGUGGGAUACAACGGUCGCCGCCACCUCAGCCUCCUUCUUCACCGACGUUGUGGCUCUUUUCGAGGCACGCAAUGCAGAUUUGUUCGCAGCCGCCAAAGGAAAGAAGAUCACACCAUACCUAGUCUUCCAACCAAUCCCCGUCAACGUUCUUUCCGAGAUGCAAAAGAACGGCGGUAAUGCGCUUGGCCUCAAGCCCUCCGACGGACCUUUGAUGAUUGUCCAGUUGUCGACUUCCUGGGAAGAUGCUGAGCUAGACGAGGCCAUUGAGAACAGCUCGCGCGAACUAAUCGCCAAGGUCAAGAGCAUGGCGAAGAAGCGACAUUUGGAGAACGGGUAUGUUUACAUGAACUACGCUGGGAGCGCGCAGGAUGUUCAGAAGAGCUAUGGCAAUGAGAGCUAUCGCAAGCUGAAGAAGAUUGCUGAGAAAUGGGAUCCGGAGAAGAAGCUGAAGAGUCUUUGGAAGGGUUAUUUCAAGCUGUAG